GCUAGAUCGACCACCUAAUCCAUGAACCCUUAAUUCCGUCUCUCUCCAACUUUUUCCUUCCUUCUCCGACACACUCAUUCUUUAGAUUCGUUCCGGGAACAAAAAAAGAAAUACUGUCUGGUCUCCCCAUACCCUCACCAGACAAACCCACACUCCCCAACUCAACCAGCAACCCACCUUUCUUCCUCCCGUCGUCACCCUGGAGGCCGCCUCAGCACGCAUGGCAGCGAGGGACCGCUACGGUGGUGUCUUUGCUGACCUAGGCUUCACCCCCUUACAGCGGGCAAUCCGCAAUGCUUGCGAUCUUUCCCACUACGAGCCUAAUCUUGCGCUGAACCUUGAAGUCGCCGACUUGAUCAAUUCCAAAAAGGGCAAUGCUCCCCGCGAAGCUGCCUUCGAGAUCGUCCGUCUGAUCAAUUCCCGCAAUCAAAAUGUUGCUCUGUUAGCGUUGGCGCUCCUCGAUAUCUGCGUCAAAAACUGCGGGUACCCGUUCCAGCUCCAGAUCAGCACCAAAGAAUUCCUCAAUGAGCUCGUCCGCCGCUUUCCCGAGCGGCCCGGAUUGCGGCCCUCGCGCGUCCAACACCGCAUCCUCGAGUCCAUCGAAGAAUGGCGCCAGACUAUCUGCCAGACGUCGCGGUACAAGGAGGAUCUCGGACAUAUCCGUGACAUGCACCGGCUACUGCUUUACAAGGGCUAUGUGUUUCCGGAGAUCCGCACGGAGGAUGCUGCUGUUCUGAACCCGAGUGAUAAUUUGCGAUCGGCCGAGGAGAUGGAGGAGGAGGAGCGCGAGGCGCAGUCGGCUAAGCUGCAGGAACUUAUCCGGAGGGGUACCCCUGCCGACCUGCAGGAGGCCAAUAGGCUCAUGAAGAUCAUGGCUGGGUACGACAAUCGGCACAAGACUGACUAUCGGGCCAAGGCGGCGGAGGAGGUCGCCAAGGUGCAGCAGAAGGCUAAGAUUCUGGAGGAGAUGCUGCAAAGUCAGCAGCCCGGUGAGACGGUAGCCGAGGGGGAUGUAUUCGAGGAACUCGCCAAUGCGCUGCGGAGCGCCCAUCCUAAAAUUCAAAGAAUGUGUGAGGAAGAGAGCGAUGAUCCGGAGGCAGUCCACAAGUUGCUGGAAAUCAACGACAGCAUACACCGCACUAUUGAACGAUACAAACUGACCAAGAAGGGCGAUCUGGAGGCGGCCUCGCGCAUCCCCAAGGGAACGCUAGGCACAACGACGGGCGUGUCGACCAACGCCAACAACGAACUCUCCCUGAUCGACUUCGAUCCAGAGCCGCCCAGUUCCAACGGCAACGCCCCAGCAGCGCCGACGGGCGCCACUUCCUUAGAAAACGACCUUCUUGGACUCUCGCUGGAUGAGCCCGCCCCUGGCGGGAUCUCCUUAGGACCUGCGAAUCCCGCGGCCCCAUCGACGGCCUCGUCAGGGCCAGAGCCAUCUCCCGGGGGGUCUAGACCCAACUACGACAUCCUGUCGUCGCUCAAUUCGUCGCCUGUGCCAUCCCAGUCCUCGACACCAGUCGCCCGAGUCCAGCAGCAGCAACAGCAGCAGACCACAGCAACGCCCCCGCCCGUCGAUCCGUUCGCCUCGUUGGUGUCAGCCAGCCCUCGCAAUGCCAGUCCCUUCCAGGGUGGAAAGACGGCCGCUCCCGCCGGCUCCUCGCUUUUGGACCUGGCCGCGGCCCCGCCCGCGGCCCCCCAGCCCGCUAACAAAGCGCCGGAGGAGGACGAAUGGGAUUUUACGUCGUCACUGCCGGAAAGCAACGCUUUACCGAGUACCAAUCGAGUGACGGUGCUUGCUUCGGCGUUGCGAAUUGAGUUCGUGGCGCGACGCUCCCCGCAGCAGCCCCGACAGAUCCAGGUCGUUGCUCUGUUCUCCAAUGCGAUCAACGAGCCGAUGCACGAGUUGCAUUUCCAAGUUGCUGUUGAAAAGGCCUACACCCUCCAUCUACGCCCUCAAUCCGGCCGCGACAUGGCGCCACAACAGGCCAAUGGCGUGCAGCAAGAGAUGAUGAUGGACGGGGUGGACGUCGGCAAGGGGAAUUCGCUGCGAAUGCGGUUCCGCGUGUCGUACCAGGUGGGCGGUAAACGGAUGGAGGAGCAGGGGAUGGUGCCUCCUUUGGGAAUUGCGUAAAUAGUGGGUUGAUUUAUUUGCUGGAGGUGAACUGAACUGGAGGAUGAGAAUGUGAUGUGGAGGGGGGGGAAAUGUGUGGAUGUCUGUGGAUACCUGCUUUGAUUUGAUGCUAUGUUGAGCGACAGAACGAGUACAUUUCAUCGAGUUUGCAUUCUACUUUCUCUUUCUCUGUUGUCA